AACCCAAACGUUUUCGGAUUGGGUAGAGUGUCUGUCUCGUAGAGUCCAGCCAGUCGGCUUUCUCGCUUAUACUUCCCCCUUAAAAACCCCAAUUCUCCAACCUCCCUUCUUUCUCUUCCCUCUCUCUCUCCCUCUCUCUACAAAAUCGCCUUUAGAGAGAGAAACCAAUCCAAACUCCUUAAUUUCCACCGCCUUCAACCACCAACAACCUCAGAAGAAGCGAGCGAUUUUCCCUACCCAUGAGAAAAUUCUGAGAAAGCAGAGUUUCUCUCUAUCCAAACAGAAAGAAAGAGAAAACGAAAACGAAAAAAAUGUCUCACGCGGCGUUCCAAACUGCCCAAAUCAUGCUUAUCAACACUCAGCACCCGGUGAAACCCAAAGGCUUGCCGUCUCUUCCAACACCCAAGGUCAAGCCGGUGGGUCCCACCCAGCUGGUGGUCCGCAAAAUCUGGAGAGGCGUGGCGGUUCCGGCGCCCUUGAAGGUCUCAGCGUCGUCUUCGUCUUCUUCUUCGUCUUCUUCGGCUGUGGCGGGCGAAGAUUCCAUGACCCUGUUAGAGAGGUGUUUCGUUGCGCCGCCGGCGCCUGGUACUACUGGUCCGGUUAUGAAGGGCGGAAAGUACGGUGCGUUGGGUGCGGUGACGCUCGAGAAAUCGAAGCUCAAUUUAUCUCAGAAGCAGUCUAAGUCUAGCCCCGAGACAGCCGUUGGAGGAGGUGGUGGAGAUAUUGGAAAAAAUCUCAAUCACGGUGGUGGUGAUGGAGGUGAUGACAAUGGUGGUGAUGAUGAUGAGUAUUUUGAUGACUUUGACGAAGGUGAUGAGGGAGACGAGGGCGGCUUGUUUAGGAGAAGAAUGGUUCUCGAAGAGCUUUUUGAUCGGAAGUUUGUCGACGCCGUAUUGAAUGAGUGGCAGAAGACAAUGAUGGAUUUGCCGGCUGGUUUCCGACAAGCUUAUGAAAUGGGUUUGGUGAGCUCAGCUCAAAUGGUUAAAUUCUUAGCAAUCAAUGCGAGGCCAACCACUAACAGGUUGAUUUACCGAUCCCUUCCUGAAGGGAUUUCAAGAGCAUUCAUUGGCAGGAUGAUUGCAGAUCCUGCUUUUUUAUAUAGGCUUCUUUUAGAGCAGGCUGCUACAAUUGGUUUUGCGGUUCGGUGGGAGUUGAAGAAUCGCAGGGAGAGGAUAAAACAAGAGUGGGAUCUGGCGCUUGUAAAUGUGCUCACAGUGGCAGCAUGCAAUGCUAUUGUUGUUUGGUCACUUGCUCCUUGCCGUUCAUAUGGAAAUACAUUCCAGUUUGAUUUGCAAAAUACAUUGCAGAAGCUUCCAAACAAUAUAUUUGAAAAGAGCUAUCCGCUGAGGGAGUUUGAUCUACAAAAGAGAGUUCACUCUUUCUUCUACAAGGCCGCUCAAUUGUGUAUGGUUGGUCUAACAGCUGGAGCACUGCAGGGUUCUUUAUCAAACUUUUUGGCCAGUAAAAAGGAGGGGAGGUUAUCUGUGACAAUCCCAAGUGCCAGAACUAAUGCUCUUGGUUACGGUGCUUUCCUUGGGCUUUAUGCGAACCUCCGAUAUCAGCUUUUAUGUGGAUUUGAUAAAACUAUGAUAAAUUAUUUUGAUGUUAUUGGAGUGGGACUAUUUUUCAGCACAGCAUUGAGGAUUUUGAAUGUGCAAUUAGGAGAGUCAUCGCGGCUAGCUUGGCUAGGUGUGGAGGCUGAUCCCCUUGCUCAGUCGGAGAAUCUUUUGAAAGCUUACAAUAGGCCUUCUGAGAAUGUUGAUCAAUCAUCUUCCAAAUGGUUUAUAUCGAAGAACGCCAUUAUUUCUGGGCUUGGUCUUCUCGGCAUCAAACAGUCGAAUGUUGAUUCUGCGGCUGAUGGCGAAUCAUCGGCACCUAGAGCACGUAGAAAGAGGAUAGUCCGAAAGAAGGUGGCUUCAAGUUCAUAAUUUACUUGAUAAGAUCUAUAUAAUUCCAAUUUUGUCGCAUGAGAAUGAUGCAGCUUGCUCGCCAAAUCUUUGAAAACCGAGAGCAACUGGGAGGUCGUCUACUGUAGAAAUUUAUUUUUCGCAUUAGGAGAGGGUGUUGCCAAUGACAAACCGAGGUAGCCGUAGAGUAGAAUUUCCUGGUUGGAAAGCCUUUGUUGCCUUUCUUCUUAUCUGGAGCUAAAUUCCCAUUUUUCCAAUGCUAAUUGUCCUGUCCUGUUGAAUUCCGAUCUGAAUGUUUUGUGUUGACAUUUUUUUCCAGUAAAUUACAAUGUUUAUUUGUUGGGACAAGAAUUGGUUUCUAAGGAAUAAUGUAAAAAGCUCUUUUCGCAAUAUAAUUGCUGAAUAUGCUUUUGCUAGGGCUUUAAUUA